AUGGCAGCUUCACUUGUUGAUUGCCGAUCUCGCUCGGUCACGCUGAUGGAUAUGACUAAAAGUUCCUUAGACCAGGUGCUGGAGGUUGAGGAGCAAAAGGAUUGGAGGUCGCCUUUAAUACAUUGGUUGCAAGAGCCUGUCGCGGGAAAGGAUAUCAGGGAUGACCCAGUCGGACGACGAGCGUUGAGGUUCUACUUGCAGAAUGGGAUCCUAUACAAACGGUCAUAUAUGGGGCCUCAUCUUAGGUGCGUCUCUGAACAAGAUGGGGAGUACGUACUUAGGGAGGUGCACGAAGGGUGCUGCGGCGACCACAUAAAGGCUAGGGCGUUGGUUGGGAAGGUAUUGCGGGCUGGAUAUUUUUGGCCUACGAUGAGAACGAUGGCACAAGAUCUUGUGCGAAAAUCGGUUCAUGAAGGAUCGGUUGUGAUCCGGGUUUUAGUCCAGCCAGCUAGGCAGGGUUUGUGGUACCUCUGGAGUAGAGGGGUGCUAGGCGGAGCCUACCUCAAUGUGGAGGUAGUCGGCCAGGUAACUGGCACCUCGGUAGCUAGGCGCCUCGGCCAGAGGGCCUUGUCGAGGAGACUAGAGCCCGGAGAUACACAUGGGAAAAACUUCUUGUGUCAUGAGGAGUCUUCAACUUCACCUAUAAAAGGGCACAGGUUUAUUCAUUUUACACAACACACAUACACAUAUUAUCUCGUUACUCUGCCGCUUUCUCUCCGAAAGACCACCACUGACUUGAGCGUCGGAGUGUCCACGCCGGGACCACCCCGGCGUGUUUUGCAGGUACCGACGAUCGAGGAAGCGCAAUCCAGUUCGAGAGGGGCGGUCGAGCGGUUCAGCCUACAAGGUAUCAUAACCCUGCUUGUUCCACUCGCUCCGCUCGGUCGCUCCGUUUCCCUCGCUCUACUCGGACACUCCGCUCCCUCGAUAAGCUCGCUCCACUCGCAGGCAUCAGCCUGCCCCCUUCUUUUGUCAAUAUAUGAGCCAUAUCAACAGAACGGAAAAAGUACCGUUCUCAAGGUCAGAGAUGGGUACGGUUCCGAAGUUGCGCCGGAGAUGUCACCUAUGUACCCCCCAGAUCGAUCCUUGACGACAAAAAUGAAGCUGGAAUCGAGAUUUCUGUUCUUGGGGCUAGGGUUCGUUAAAUGCCGUGCUGCGAUAUGA